UUUGCGGAAGUACUUAAAUCAGUGAAUUGUUAUUUUUUUUUAUCAUUGACAGUCACAUUCAUUCUGUAGAACAGAUAUUUGAUUAUAGGCUUUAGUUAGCGUUAUGGCAGCUCUAAAGUACGCAGGUAUGGAUGACACAGAUAGCGAAGAUGAAUUGCCCCCUGGAUGGGAAGAGAGGUCUACUAAGGAUGGAUGGGUAUAUUUCGCAAACCAUGAUGAGAUGAAGACCCAAUGGGAACAUCCUAAGACUGGGAAGAAGAAAAGAUGUGCUGGAGAUUUACCAUAUGGAUGGGAACAAGAAACGGAUGAAAAAGGACAAGUGUUUUAUGUUGAUCACAUUAACAAGCGGACCACCUAUUUCGACCCCCGGCAAGCCUUCACCGUAGAGGAUGUGGUGCUGAAGCCCAAGAGAUAUGAUGGGAACACUGCCGCCCUUGAGAUCCUGCAAGGUCGUGACCUUUCUGAUAAGGUCAUCCUCAUAACUGGCGGCAACUCUGGAAUCGGGUUUGAGACGGCCAAGACCUUUGCGCUGCACGGAGCCCAGGUGAUCCUGGCGUGUCGGAACCUGUCCAAGGCGAGGAAGGCCAUCGACCUCAUUCAGCAGGAGUGGCACAAGGCCCGGGUGGAGGCCAUGAUGUGUGACCUGGCCUCGCUGCGCGGCGUCCGGGAGUUCACCGAGGCGUUCAAGGCCAAGAGCAUCCCCCUGCACGUCCUGGUGUGCAACGCGGCGGUGUGCACACAGCCGUGGCGUCUGACGGAGGACGGGCUGGAGUCCACCUUCCAGAUCUGCCACCUGGGACACUUCCUGCUGGUGCAGGGGCUACAGGAAGUCCUGCGGCGGUCAGCGCCCGCCCGCGUCGUCGUGGUCUCCUCCGAGUCCCACAGGUUCACCGACCUGGUUGACUCCUGUGGCAAGGUGGACCUGGAGCUGCUGUCCCCGGCCCGGAGCAGCUACUGGUCCAUGCUGGCCUACAACCGGGCCAAGCUCUGCAACGUGCUGUUCAGCGCCGAGCUGCACCGACGGCUCUCCCCGCACGGCGUCUCCUGCAACGCGGUGCACCCUGGGAACAUGAUGUACACGGCGAUCCACCGCAGCUGGUGGCUCAUGACCCUGCUCUUCACCCUGGCCCGGCCCUUCACCAAGUCCAUGGUAAGGGUCGUCUCUUAA